AUGUCCGCGCGGAGCCCCGCGGGUGGCACCUCCCGGGCCCCAGGCGCCGCCGCCGCCCAGCCGAGCGUGCGCGCGGAGGGCCGGCCCCGCCUCGCCACGCCCCCGCCACGCCCCCGCCGCCCGCGGAGCGGUCGCCAUGGCAACGGGAUUACAGGCGCAGAGUGCUGUUUAUUCUCAGCCGAGUGCCAGGAAAUUCGGCCGGGAGGCUGCCAGGCGCACCUCCCUGGGGGGAGAAAUGGCACCCUCCUGGCAGCCCCGCCUGGCUUCCUAACUCUCCUUCGGAAAGUGGCGGUGCCCGCCUGCACCCCUCACACAGUGCGAGUGAGCUCCCUACUCCAGGGCCCCUCUCUGGCUGGCUUGCCCAACCGCAGGACAAUCAGGCUUUUCGCCAGACAGUUACAGCGCGCCUCGGUCCCGCCGCCCGGUUCGGGGCCACCGCGCCUCUCCGGGCCACGUUUGAACCGGAGGUGUCCACACACGCACCCGCCCGAGCGGCCGCCAGCUGCGGAUGCCUCAGGCCUUCCUUCCAUCAGCGCCGCGGCCCCGACGGGCUUCCUCGCGGGCGGGGAGGUCAGCGCCCCGCCCGGGAUCCCGGUCCGAUUCCUGCGGCGCGACCGGGGGCCCCCGCUCUCCCGCGGCGUCCCCGGAGCCGGGGCGGCCCCUCGCGCCGCCCGCCGCCGUCCCCGUCCCCGGCCUCCUGGCCCAGCCCUAUUUCGGGCGCUGGCGCUGCGGCCCGGGCAGCCCUGCCCGGAAGGGAGGCUAUUCUGGGCCGGGCGGCCGAGCAGCUGCGGCCCCAGCGCUUCCCGGCAGGGUGCCUCUCGGCCCUCUGCCCCCAUCCCUGUCUGGGGUAGUCUGCCAGCCCCCUGUGCUUGUCUGGGCACAGCCACUGCCCUUCCUGACCGUCGCCCCUCACCCAGAGGGAAUGAGUGCUUCAUGGGUGUCCUGGGCUUGGAGGGCGAAGCCCUGGGCAUCUGCAAGGGGGCCCUGGCGGGCGUUCCGGUUGGGAGGCAGCAGAGAAAGGGUUGUUCCUACAUCCGGACGCAGGCCCCCCCCCCCCCCCCGCCGCCCCUCUGGGGACCCGGGCCCCACCUGCACCUUCUGGGGGCGUGGCUGCGGCCGGGCUCCCGCCCCCCGCCUGGCGAGGCGCCACCUCCCUCGGGGUGGCCGCGAGGUUACCGGGAAGGGAGGCGGGCUCGCCUCGCAGCUGCUGACACCCCGCCCCACGGCUUCCCCAGCGGGUCCCCGCCCGUGGCCUCGCGCCAGCUCCCUCCCGACCGCCCCGCGCCGGAUCCCCUGGGGUUGACCGUCCAGGGCGGCCCUGCGGGGGCGGCAGCCCGCGGGCGCCGCGGUGCCCAGCCGGGCUGCAGCCACCGAGCCGCUCCUCGCCCCGGAGCUCGUUUACAGGAAGCGCGCGAGGAGCCGGCCCGAGUUCCCGACAGCCGGCGAGCGCGGGCGCGCGGAGAGGCUGCGUCUACACCGGCGAUCAAUGCGCGCCCGGCUCUCCUCCCUCUGCGCGCAGCGGCGCGGGCCCAGGCCGCCCCCAUUGCAGGGCCCAUCGCAGGGGAGGGAGGCUCCGUCCUGGGGUCGCAGGCAGUGGGCCUCAGCCGGGGCCCAGGGUGGUGGCUGAGAGAUGGCCACGUGUCAGACCAUCCGCACGUGUUCCGGGAGCCUGAAGCCUCGCUGGGUCCAGAAUCUACCAACCCCGUGUCCCAGCGGUACCUCGAUGCACCUCUUGGACCGAGCUUUUGGCCUGAGCGCCUCCCCCAGUUCCAGAGACGUGUUGUUUCCUCCGAGAUGCAACAGGAGGCCUUUCGCAGCAAAGUCAGACCCGGGGACCUGCUGAGGAAUGAGGGCUUGGGCAGCGCUGCUCUGGAGGAGCCGCCCACAGAGCGCAUCCCACCACUGUUCAUUAAGGCCUUGUACGGCCCCGAAGGCCCGCGUGCGGGCCUGGCCCUUGGGGUGCUUCCCUUUGGGGGAGCCGCUGCAGAAGCCGCCCAGGGGGACCCUACAGGCAGCACUGGAUGA